UCAAUCCUUCCCAUAGGGUGAGUCUUGAUAUGUUCGCGAUGGUUCUAUUAGGUCAGUGAAUGAUGUAAGUCCUAUAAACUAUUUGCCAAAAGACGAGUGAUCCGCGUGACGAAAGACCUUGGUGGAUCCCUUAGAAUGUUAAAUUUACAUCUUGGCUUCCUCUUCUAGACUUGGCGUCUGUCCACUAGUAGAUCUACUUGACAAUCUGGCCAUCAAGUUUGCUCAUUUUCAUCGGUCCAGACCAUCGGUUAAGUAAUUUAAUACAUAGACCUUGCCCUGCCCAAUUUCUCUGACCAUUUCGCAACUUCUCGUCAUCCCACAAAGACAAUUUUACUACGGUCUAGAGGAUAUGGAAGCCUGGGAUUUGCAAUUGACGGUCCCGCGUACUCAUACUCUCCUGGAGGCUGGUGGUGAUGUUCAUACUCCUCCAAUCACAGGCUCCGUGGCCAUCACGGGUCCUUCCUCUGCCCUAGAUUCUUCCCCCGACAAUUUUCCCAAAGUCAACAUCAGUCUCGUCCGAUCGGUGACCCCAAGACAGCUUGAUCCCACUGUUUCAAUCCCCAAGAAAAGUCGCGGUUCUUUCUUCAAGCGCCAUCACAAACACAGCCCUACAAGUCACAAUUAUCACCGCACAACCCCAACCCUUCAUUCCGACGUUGAAACCAUAGUACAAUGUGAUCUUUGGCACUCGCCCGACGAAGUAGAUUCCCAAGAUGAAGAAGACAGAGCAUGGAUGAGGCUGAAUUUUAUUGUUCCUAUUCCGAGCAAUAUCCCGGCGACGGCAGAGACCGUCCUGGGGGAUGUCUCAUACGCGAUCAGGGCCACGGUAACCUCGCCAACAGCGCCCAGCAUGCCAAUAUUGAUUGAGAGUCAGCCGAUAAAGAUUCUUCGUCGUGUGAUCUCCGAACCCGUUCAAUAUCUCCGGCAGUAUCCCGGUGAAAGAGUGUCGACGGAACUAUAUCUAACGCCAGAUCCACAAUACCCUGACUUACUUGGAAGGACGAAGGCGGCUUAUUCCUUGCAAUGGGUGGCUCGUUCAACCAUUACAAAAGGGGAGCGAAAAACGGAAGUGAAGUAUAUUGUUGUGAAAGAGUUAAAGUGGAGGGUUGAAGAGACUGUCAAGCACAUCACUAUCUCAACGGAUGGUGAUCUACAAACAAAUGCAAUAGCAACAACUUGCAAGGCGCAGCAUGUACGGCAUCUCUGCGAUGGAAAUCAGAAAGGCCAUUGGAUUGCAAGUGGAGCAUCACGAUCAGGCGAUGAUUUGAUUGAGAUUCCGUUCGACAUCGUCAUUCCACCAGAAGUCAAUGCCGCGAAUGAGUUGACCUUGUCCUCAUAUGCAUGCCAACACCGAAGAAAGCCGUGCGAAUGCGAUGCGAGAGAAAGAUCGGCGAUCGUAGUUGAUCAUCAGCUGAAGCUGGAGGUCAUUACGGGCGUGGAUACCUUCGACCAGGAAACCGGGAAGCUUGUCGAUCGCAAGCCCCGGGUGAAGUCCUUCAAUGCAGCCUUUCCACUUUCCAUUGGGGAAUUUAUCAGUGGAGAUGAUCUCUCCCUGAGUGAACUCCUUGCAGAUGAUACCCUUCCCAGUUAUGAUGAUGCAUAUCUCAUGCCUCCUAAUUAUGCCACUGCGCAGUGACGUCUAAUCUUUCUUUGGUCGUGACAUCAACGUCAAUCUUGCAACGGCAACGAACGUUCUGGGUCUAUAUUCCCCAGGACAAAAAAGCGCAAUUUUUAUCUAUAUAAUUCGACGGGCGUCUAUGAUGUUCGAAAACCCCUUCUUGAUGUGCUACGGUGGAGUUUUGGUUAGAGCGUUUUAUUUUUGUUUUAUUUCUUUUUUUCUAGAUAUUUAGAACUAAUAAUUUCACAUACCCAUUUUUCGUAUAUCCUUGUUUUUAUCCGUAGGUACGGAGUAUAUCAGUCUAUAUAGAAUGCACGACUUAAGUGGCUAGCUCUUUCUCCUCUAAGUAGGUAUAGAGGCAUUGGCGUAAUCAUGAUGAGCCCAUACUAAAAACCUG